UGGGUUCCCACUGCCUCUCACUCGCCGCCUACGAUUCCUCUACCUGGGAAAACUUGCCGUUAAGAAGACAGUACUCUUCCUCCCUGGAAACAUAGCCCUGGAGACCAGGCCAUCCCGCGGCAAGCGGGUAGACAGAGAGGAGGGCGGGGACCUCUAGGUAGGGCGCGUGGCCGGAAAAGGGGCGCCUGGAGGCCGCCAGGAAGCCCGUUGACCGUGGUUCUCCUGAGCGGCGCUGGACCAGCUGCAUCGUCCGCACCUGGGACCUUGUUAGACGUGCAAAUUCGCUCAGCCCCACCCAGACCUACUUAAGAGGAAACAGCGGCCUGGGACCCAGAAAUGCGCGCUUUAGUGAGCCUGCCAGCUUCCAGGUCAUCUUCUCCGCCGGGCGCCAUGAACCUCAGCAGCACCAGCAGCACCGGGGAAAAGACAGUGACCACCGCGCUUUGGGGUGAGUGGGGACCCAGCCUCCUUCCCAGAGCACCCCAGCAGCUGGGGGCGCUGGAGAGCCGCUGUCCUGGGGAAAGGACGCGGCAGGGUAUGGACAGCCUGGGGCGGUGGGGGGCCUGCCCGCUUCCCUCCCUCUCUCCCCGGGCAGGCUGUGAACUCAGUCAGGAGAAGCGGACUUGGACCUUCAAACCCCAGCAGGAGGGCAAGCGGGACAGUAAACUGCUGCUUCACACGAUUUGCUUGGGGGAAAAAGCUAAAGAGGAGCUGAACCGCGUGGAGAUCCUGCCUGCGGGGAACCCGGAGGACAAGAAGAUGCCGCCGGUCACCAUCGCCUCGCUCCAGGCCUCGGUGCUGCCCAUGGUCACCAUGAUGAAAUUAGAGCUUUCUCCUCCAGUCACUUUUCACCUCAGGGCUGGCUCGGGACCUGUGUUCCUAACCGGCCAGGAAUGUUAUGAUGUAACCUGGGAUGAGGAGGAGGAGGAGGAGGAGGAAGCAGAGGAAGAGGAGGAGGAAGAGGAAGAAGAAGACGAGGAUGCAGAAAUAUCUGUAGAUGAGGACAUCCCGGUCAAACAAAUCAAAAGGCCGGGGAGCCAGAAGCAGGCGAGUGCUGCUAAGAAAAAAAAGCUGGAAAAAGAAGAACUAGCGAGAUCCAGUGUUAGAGGGAAGAGCCCAGCGAGGAAGACCAAACUCAUGGCCAAACCCAAGAAGCUGGGGUCUAAGAAAUGAGGAGCCAGGAUGUACAAGACAGCUGUGCAGAGUGGGGCUCCGACAAGCUGUGCUGUGGGUGUAGGGUAUCCCCCACCCAACCCUCUCCAUCUGAGUCUGAAUGUGACAGGGUUGCUGUGGAGGGUGGCACGAGACCCCUUCACCCCAACUCUUUUUCCAGAGGCCCUAGAGAGAAGAGCCUCAUCUCAGAGCCACAAUAAAGUUUGCUUUGCCAAGA